UGAGUUCUGCAGGUGAGGAGGCCCGGAGAAGGAUGAGGGAGUGCGAGGGUCUAACAGACGCUCUGCUUUACGUCAUCCAGACCGCUCUAGGGAGCAGUGAGAUUGACAGCAAGACCGUGGAGAACUGUGUGUGCAUCUUGAGGAACUUGUCGUACCGUCUGGCUGCAGAGACAUCCCACAGCCAGCAGGGGGGGUCGGAGGAGCUCGACGGGCUGCUGUGUGACACUGGCGGGAAGGACGCAGAGAGCUCUGGAUGCUGGGGCAAGAAAAAGAAGAAGAAGAAGGGACAUGAACAGUGGGAUGGCGUCGGCCCAUUUCCAGACUUGGCGGAGCCCCCGAAAGGCAUCCAGAUGUUAUGGCACCCCACCAUCGUGAAGCCCUACCUCACGCUGCUGUCUGAGUGCUCAAACCCAGACACCCUGGAGGGAGCAGCUGGGGCUCUGCAGAACCUGGCUGCUGGCAGCUGGAAGUGGUCGGUGUAUAUCCGGGCUGCGGUGCGUAAGGAGAAGGGCCUCCCUAUCCUGGUGGAGUUACUGAGGAUAGACAACGACCGGGUGGUGUGUGCCGUGGCCACCGCGCUGAGAAACAUGGCUCUGGACGUCAGGAACAAGGAGCUCAUCGGUAAAUAUGCCAUGAGGGACCUGGUGCACCGUUUGCCCGGAGGCAGCAACAACAACAACACUAGCGGCAGUGGAGGCGGAGGAAGCAGCAACAGCAGUGUCCUGGCAGGAAAGACCAUGUCCGAUGACACCAUAACCGCUAUCUGCUGCGCACUGCACGAGGUUAUCACCAAGAACAUGGAGAACACCAAGGCCCUGAGGGACGCCGGCGGCAUAGAGAAGCUCAUUGGCGUCGCCAGGAGCAAAGGAGACAAAAUUCCCAAAUAUAGUCCUAAAGUGGUAAAAGCAGCUUCCCAAGUCCUGAACAGCAUGUGGCAAUACAGAGACCUCCGCAGCCUCUACAAAAAGGAUGGCUAUGCCCAGUACCAUUUUGUCGGCUCUUCCUCCACGAUAGAGAGAGACAGACAGCGACCUUAUUCUUCCUCUCGUACUCCGUCCAUCUCUCCUGUACGGACUUCACCAAACAAUCGAUCAGCGAGCGCCCCUACUUCCCCAAGAGAGAUGAUGGCAUUGAAGGAGAGGAAGGCAGACUACGAAUCGACUGGCAAUGCUAGUUACCAUGGCAACAAGGGCGAGCACACAUCCCGGAAGGACGCCAUGAUGGGUCAAAUCCCCGGUGGGUCGUCCACGCUGCACAGAGGAGCAUAUGUGUCGCCUACCGAUGACCUGAAGUACAAUCAGAUCUCUUCUCAAGGCCUGCCUUCAGAGCCCUACCCUCCAUUCCAAAACCCUCCCCCACCCGAUGGUGUCAACUACGAGGACCAGGCCUUCUACGAGAACCAGGUCCUCGCGGGAGGGCGCCCUCCCCAGGGUGACCUCAACAUGCACCUGCAGGGCCUCAAGUCCACCGGCAACUAUGUAGACUUCUACUCCGCCUCGCGGCCCUACAGCGAGCUCAACUAUGAGACCAGCCACUAUCCGGCCUCACCAGACUCCUGGGUCUAAGGGGAGAUGAGGGUGGAGGGUUAGGAGGAGAGGAUGGAUGGUGAAGUGGGGGGGUUUAAAUAGAGGAGGAGAAGAUGAGAGGACAGUUUCCCUCCAUCCCCAUCCUCCCCUGUGGUUCCUGAGUAGCAUCAUAGAUAGCAGGACAACAGAAGGGGAGGAUGGAGAGCAGGAAAAGUGAAAAACUGAGAGUCCUUUCAGAGACAUCUGAGGGAGGAGGGGAAGUGGACAAAGGAGGACCAGAAGCAAAACGGAGGAGCGGCCAUGCAUGUGCAUGUACACCACCAACAAAACUGACGGACAUAUUUUCUUUCUGUGUUUAGUUUGCGAUCAACUACUGCUAGAAGGUUCAGCAGACAGAAAGGCCUCCUGCACCUUAAGGCCUCUGGAUACAGAAUGUAAGAGAGAUGGAUAUGAGGGAAGAGAGUGAGAGAGAGAGAGAGAGAGAGAAGGAAGAAGUGGGGAAUAUGUGGAGGAGAAGAAGGACAAUGGAAGAAAAAAAAUGAAUCAGUGGACUCAAGAAUGGACGUUUUUGGAUUGUGAAUGGAACGUGUGAAAGAUACCCAGGAGAAAGCUGUAUAUAUGUGUUAUAGCGUCAUGGCUUUUAGUAAUGUGAAGCACAAGAAGCAGAGCUGUAAGACAUGUAGGACGUCUGUCACACACACCUUUGUUUCUCUCUAUGGCUUCGGUGUGAUGUAUCCUCCUCUGGGCGAAGAACGCCUCAGGACUUUGUCAUUUGUAACAGGUUUUUAAUUUUCUUUUGUUGUGUUUCUACUUUUUUAAUUCUGGUUGUAUAGUAUUUGACGUACACUGUACAUUUACGGAGAUGCAUUGCGUACUGUACAUUGCACUAUUUUCUGUGUCAUGUCAGGCCUUUCGCCAUUUGGUCAACCUUCACUUCCUCAAUAACUCUCCCCCAAAAAAACGAAAGAAAAAUACACACACAAUAUCUGCACUCCCAUAAUUCAUAUCACAGCAACAGACAGAUGUCAACAUGUAACAUAUUGGAUAUGAAUGGGUAUUAAGGCAUCAAUUCUGAUAGGUCAUGGUGCUCUUUUAACUGCCCUAUGGAUGGAUUUCACGUUAUUACUGACCUUUAACAUUUAAGCAGCCUUUUUUCUGUGACAAUACUCACAUUAUUUUAGGCUAGCUUUCGUUUAUUGGUGGCUAUCUCGUCACAUUUUCACCCCCUAAAUCCUCGUUUUGUUCCCAUGAGCGUCUCCUUUGAGUGAACUGUGCUCAUUGUGUAUAUAACCGUGCCAAACAAGGGUUGCUUCCCCUCAUCUGUAGAAGGGGGAAGGUUAGGGGCGUGUUAAAGGGUCCAAGUUCAGCUUAACGUCCUUGCGGUUCUAACAAUGCCAGUUUGUAAAUGCUUUGGUUUUUCUAAACUGUGUUUUACUGGGAUGAAACCUGCCUAACUGCACCAGGACUGGAGAGAAAAAAUAAAAAGAAGAAAAAAACGACAAAAAAAGAAGAUCACGGAGGGACUGCGACGGGGGCGGAGCUAGGCUUCCCCCAAAGUUGUACAAAAUUAGUUGAUUUCUGUGUUGUAAAAUAAUCAAUGUUUGAAGUACAAAAAAAAAACUUUUCUGAGAGAUGGGUGGCAAUUCUAACUUCAUGGUAGACAAAACUGUUAAUAGAGUACGGAUAUAUAUUAUAUAAAUAUAAAUAUAUACUUUUUAUGUGCAGAUGUGGAUGUCACUUAUAGCAGCAACAUUAUGGAAAAAAUACUUGUAAAAAGAAAAAAAAAACAGCUACAUGUAGGAAUUUUGUUCACAUUUUUUAUUUCCUGGUCAACACACUAAAUUGUCGACUUUGUGUAGUAAUGUUGUUGCUAUGUGGAGUAGAGUAGACCAGGGCCCAGGGAUCCACGUUGUCACUGAAGCAGUCCGAAAAGGUGCUACGUCCAAGUAUUUCCAACAUGUCUGUAUUUUAACUGUGCACAAAAUGUAUGUUCCCCUUGAGAACCAUUGGUUAUCGGCCAAAAACAGGAAACAGUCACGAGUUUGAUUCUUGUAUUUCCCAUGCAUGAAAACACUAAGUUCUGAUUAAUUAAUCUAAUUAUGCUAAAUAGCAAAAGUCAACCCAUGAGUGCAUGAGUAUUUGUUGUUGGUAAAUUUGAAAACUAAAUGGUGAUUUUUUUUAAAGUGAGAAUGGCUAAAUUGUUAUACAUGACAACAGACCCUGGUUCUCCCUACCCACUGCGUUUUAGAAAUCAUAGAGGUCAUCUUCUGAUGCUUGAAAAAGAACUCAUAAUGCAACAGUCCCCCACAAAAACACUGGAUGAACAGAUGUAUUGUGCUUGUGAGUAAGCAUCUGGAAACUGACAAUGUUAUGUAUGUCCUUGUGAUCCUUAGGCAGAAGAACCUAACUAAGACCUGUAUGGAGAUAUAACGUUGGUAACCUUUUUGUUGCUAGACCAAACGUGUUUUAAAAAGAGAAUUGUGAAUCUUUCUAUUGCCUCAAACAGAUUGCAACUGCUCCAAAAAAUAUAAACGGACCAUCGAAGAACCUCUGA